AUGCUGUCUGCACACCAUCCGAGCAACAUAAAUUGGCCUCCGGACCCACCUUUUUCUCUUCAACACAAAAUGCCUUGCAUAGAUGACUCCUUUCACAUGAACCACACCUGUGUCCGUAUCAAGGACCCAAAGGUGACGGUUCCGUUCUACGAAAAAUACUUUGGCAUGAAGCUCGUCAACCACUUUGAGCUCGACGGAUUCACAUUGUAUAUGUUGGGAUACCCCACGGCAAAGAACGUCAACUGGGCCGACAGAGAAGGUAUUUUGGAGUUGUGCCACAACCACGGUGUCGAACACCAACACGACUACCAGUUGAACAACGGCAAUGGCGAGAAGUUCCGUGGUUUUGGCCACAUUUGUAUCACGGUGGACAACAUCCAAGAGUGCGAGCAAAAGUUGCUUGCCGACGGGGUCAAGUUCCAGAAGAAGUUGAGCGACGGCAGACAGAGCAACAUUGCGUUCUGCUUGGACCCCAACGGCUACUGGAUCGAGCUUGUCGAGCACGGUGAAGGAAAGCAAGCUGGCACCACCAACACCGAGACGUACAAGUUCAACCACACGAUGAUCCGUGUCAAGGACCCACAAAAGUCGUUGAACUUCUACCAGAAAGUUUUGGGCAUGAAGCUUUUCAGCAAGCACGACCACGAAAACGCCAAGUUCACCUUGUACUUCCUUGGCUACGACCACAAGGACACAUUCAAGGCCGGCGAAGCAGAACGUGGCGACCAGCUCAAGAGACAAGCGCUUAUUGAACUCACGCACAACUGGGGAACGGAAAACGACGACUCGUUCGAAGGUUACCACAACGGAAACUCGACCGAAAACGGCGCCAUUCAAGGAUACGGCCACACUUGUGUUUCGUGCGAUGACGCGGCAAAGUUCUGUCUGGAGAUUGAGGCGGAGUUUGGCGACUCCGUUACCUGGGCUGUGAAGUGGAACCAGGGUGCCAUGAAGAACUUGGCCUUUAUCAAAGACCCCGAUGGAUACUCGGUGGAGAUCAUUCCAAACAACAUUUUCCACGACUGGGUUGACGGCAAGCCUCCUCUGCGUCUUUGA